CUUUUGUCUAGUUGACACGUCGAUUUCCUCCAAUAAUAUUCCUAAAAGGCAAGGACGGCUGGGGCCCGUUGUCACGCCCUGCAAGUCGCGAUCUGCAGACAGGGGCAGGGCUGGUCCGGGGUUUCACGCCCCCCAGGGAGCAGGGCACCCGGUGGGACUCGCGCCCACCCUCUCCUCGGGUGUCGUGCUCCCUGGGAAGCGCCUGCCUUUCUACCCGGGGAGCGGGAGGCUCCAGGCGCGGCCCGGGCGCCGUGGACAGAUGCGCUCGGUCCUCACCAGCGGCGCUGCGCAGCAAACCCUGCGGUGCCUCGGGAAGGCGGGCGUUCCUCCCCGCUCCCACCCUUUCCCAGCGUGUGCAACUCGUUUCUUCCCUGGGGAAAAGAGGAGGAUUUUCUAUUUUUUAACAUUUCAUUUCAUGAGACCAUUUUUUUUUGAGUGGUGGCGCUGAACACAGUCUUUGCAGAGGGGGGCAGCACUUUCCCUCCUGACCCCAACCUGGAAACCCCAGCGUGACUUCAGCGCUGUCAGAGCAUUGGAAGCAGAGCUGCGAGUUAGGAAGCGGCUCGCUGGCAGCUGGGCACGUUUCUUUCUUGCGAGGUGGCUUCCUAUUUUAAGGAGACACGCCAAGGUAAUUUGGACCUAGAGGAGGAAUGAUGUAGCUACCUCCUAACCUUCCCUUCUUAAACCCCCAGGUCCCCUCUUGCUGUUGGCUGCACAUCAGAAAGGCUAUGAUGGGAAUGAAGGUGAAAACUUGGAGAUUUCACUUAAGUCAUUGCUUCUGCCUGGAAGAUUAUCCUCUAAAAGUAGAGAAGCUGCUCUGUGUGAUGGUUAAUUCCAAGAGGCAGAACUCAUUCUAGAAGGAAAUGGAUGCAAGCAGCUCUGGGGACCCCAAAAGCAUGCUUCCUGUGGUCUAGCCCAGGGAAGCCCUUCCGUGGGGACCCUGGCUUCCAGGGAUGCCACCGGUUCUGGACGCAUGGCUGAUUCCUGAAUGAUGAUGGUUCGCCGGGGGCUGCUUGCGUGGAUUUCCCGGGUGGUGGUUUUGCUGGUGCUCCUCUGCUGUGCCAUCUCUGUCCUGUACAUGUUGGCCUGCACCCCAAAAGGUGAUGACGAGCAGCUGGCACUGCCCAGGGCCAACAGCCCCACGGGGAAGGAGGGGUACCAGGCCGUCCUGCAGGAGUGGGAGGAGCAGCACCGCAACUACGUAAGCAGCCUGAAGCGGCAGAUCGCGCAGCUCAAGGAGGAGCUGCAGGAGAGGAGUGAGCAGCUCAGGAACGGGCAGUACCAAGCCAGCGAUGCUGCUGGCCUGGGGCUGGACAGGAGCCCCCCAGAGAAAACCCAGGCCGACCUCCUGGCCUUCCUGCACUCGCAGGUGGACAAGGCAGAGGUGCAUGCUGGUGUCAAGCUGGCCACGGAGUAUGCAGCAGUGCCUUUUGAUAGCUUUACUCUACAGAAGGUGUACCAGCUGGAGACUGGCCUUACCCGCCACCCCGAGGAGAAGCCCGUGAGGAAGGACAAGCGGGAUGAGUUGGUGGAAGCCAUUGAAUCAGCCUUGGAGACCCUGAACAAUCCUGCAGAGAACAGCCCCAAUCACCGUCCUUACACAGCCUCUGAUUUCAUAGAAGGGAUCUACCGAACAGAAAGGGACAAAGGGACGUUGUACGAGCUCACCUUCAAAGGGGACCACAAACACGAAUUCAAACGGCUCGUCUUGUUUCGACCAUUCGGCCCCAUCAUGAAAGUAAAAAAAGAAAAGCUCAACAUGGCCAACACGCUUAUCAAUGUUAUCGUGCCUCUAGCAAAAAGGGUGGACAAGUUCCGGCAGUUCAUGCAGAAUUUCAGGGAGAUGUGCAUUGAGCAGGAUGGGAGAGUCCAUCUCACUGUUGUUUACUUUGGGAAAGAAGAAAUAAAUGAAGUCAAAGGAAUACUUGAAAACACUUCCAAAGCUGCCAACUUCAGGAACUUUACCUUCAUCCAGCUGAACGGAGAAUUUUCUCGGGGAAAGGGACUUGAUGUUGGAGCCCGCUUCUGGAAGGGAAGCAACGUCCUUCUCUUUUUCUGUGAUGUUGAUAUCUACUUCACAUCUGAAUUCCUCAAUACGUGUAGGCUGAAUACACAGCCAGGGAAGAAGGUAUUUUAUCCAGUUCUUUUCAGUCAGUACAAUCCUGGCAUAAUAUACGGCCACCAUGAUGCAGUCCCUCCCUUAGAACAGCAGCUGGUCAUAAAGAAGGAAACUGGAUUUUGGAGAGACUUUGGAUUUGGGAUGACGUGUCAGUAUCGGUCGGACUUCAUCAAUAUAGGUGGGUUUGAUCUGGACAUCAAAGGCUGGGGCGGAGAGGAUGUGCACCUUUAUCGCAAAUAUCUCCACAGCAACCUCAUAGUGGUGCGGACGCCCGUGCGAGGACUCUUCCACCUCUGGCAUGAGAAGCGCUGCGUGGACGAGCUGUCCCCUGAGCAGUACAAGAUGUGCAUGCAGUCCAAGGCCAUGAACGAGGCGUCCCACGGCCAGCUGGGCAUGCUGGUGUUCAGGCACGAGAUAGAGGCUCACCUUCGCAAACAGAAACAGAAGACAAGUAGCAAAAAAACAUGAACUCCCAGAGAUGGAUGGUGGGAGACACUUUCUCUUUCCUUUUGCAGUUACUGAAAGUGGCUGCAACAAAGAAAAGACUUCUAUAAAGGACGACAAAAGAACUGGACCCGUGGGUCAGAGACGAGAGAGCCUCCGAUUUCUCUCUGUUUGGCUUUUUACAACAGAAAUCAAAAUCUCCACUUUGCCUGCAAAACUAGCCCAGCAGCACCCUGCGAAGUGUCUGACAAAGGCAGAAUGCUUGUGAGAUUAUAAGCCUAAUGGUGUGGAGGUUUUGAUGGUGUUUACAACAAACUGAGACCUAUUGUUUUGUGUGCUCACUGAAAUAUUCAUGAUUUAAGAGCAGUUUUAUAAAAAGUUCAUUAGCAUGAAAGGCAAGCAUAUUUCUCCUCAUAUGAAUGAGCCUAUCAGCAGGGCUCUUGUUUCUAGCAGUGCUAAAAUAUCAGAAGGCAAAAGAGGAGAUAUGCUUAUUACGAUCCUAAUGAGUACAUUAAGCAAAAUCAAAUGGACCAGAAAAGAAACCGUAAAUAUCAUGUUAUUUUUUUCCCCAAGAUUAACCAAAAAUAAUCUGCUUAUCUUUUUGGUUGUCCUUUUAACUGUCUCCAUUUGUUUCUUUUAUUUAAAAAUACACUUUUUUUUUUUUUUGCUUGUGAGUUAGUCUGCUUAUUUAAUUACCACUUUGCAAGCCUUACAAGAGAGCACAAGUUAGCCUACAUUUUUAUAUUUUUAAAGAAGAUACUUUUAGAUGCAGUUUGAGAACUUCCAGUUCAAAGCAUCAAACUGAUCCCGUAUCUAAGGACAUGCCAGAUGCUGAUUCAGUCAGGCACUAAGUGUCAGGCCUGGAGACAGAGGGAAGGAAUGGUUUGUACUGAUACAGACAUACAGUUACUUUAUCUGAAGAGUGUUUUUGAAGAGGAGCAACUGAACACUGGAGGAAAGCAAAAUGACACUUUAUGCUUUACAGAAAAGGAAACGCAUUCAGACUGGUGAUAUUGUGAUGUAACUAAAAGUCAGAAACCACACUUUCCCCUCAGAAGUGGGGACCGCUUUCUUACCUGUUUAAAUAAACCAAAGUAUACCAGUGUGAACCAAACAAUCUCUUUUCAAAGCAGGGUGCUCCUCCUGGCUUCUGAUUCCAUAAGAAGAAAUGGAGAAAAUACAUAUAUAUAUAUAUAUAUAUAUAUAUAUUUUUGUGAAAGAUCAAUCCAUCUGCCAGAAUCUAGUGGGAUGGAAGUUUUUGCUACAUGUUCAUCCACCCCAAGCCAGGUGGAAGUAACUUAAUUAUUUUUUAAAUUAAGCAGUUCUACUCGAUCACCAAGAUGCUUCUGAAAAUUGCAUUUUAUUACCGUUUCAAACUAUUUUUUGAAAAUAAAUACAGUUCACAGAGUGGUUUCUACAUUCAUGUGAAAAUUAUUAGCCAGCACCAGAUGCAUGAGCUAAUUAUCUAUUUGAGUCCUUGCCUUCUGUUUGCCCACAGUAAACUCAUUGUUUAAAAGCUUCAAGAACAUUCAAGCUGUUGGUGUGUUAAAAAUGCAUUGUAUUGAUUUGUACCGGUAGUUCAUACAAUUUAAUUAAAACACAGGCCAUGAAUGGAAGGUGGUAUCGCACAGCUAAUAAAAUAUGAUUUGUGGAUAUGA